AUGUCAAAUAUUCGAGUUCGUUGUUUAUUACAACAAUGUACCAAAGCUACAUUACGUCUACAAGAUGAAUCAGAAGUUACUAUUAAUCGUGGUAUGAUUAUAUUUGUGGCUUUUUUAAAACAUGCUCAAUUGGAUGAUGUAAUUAAAUUAGCAAAAGAAAUUGUGACAGUAAAAUUAUGUGAAAGUGACGAUGGUUUAAAAACAAUUGUUGAUUUACCUGGUGAUCUUUUAAUUAUUCCACAAGCAACAUUAGGUGGUCGUCUUAAUGUACAUCGUUUUCAAUAUCAUAAUAAUAUAAAUAGAGAUACGGGCCUAGAAUUUUAUGAUAAACUUGUUUCAAAUUUACGUGAAUUAUGUAGUCAAAAUAAAGAUAAUGUUGUUCAUGCAGGAUCAUAUGGAAUAAAACAAAUAUAUUCAUGUGAAACGAAUGGACCAGCUAUCCAUAUAAUUGAAUAUUAA